UUAGGUCAUGGCACAGUGUUGCAGCAGUUUAGGAUUCAGUUACCAUACAGCCAUAAAUUAGUCUAUUUACUAUUAUUUACCAGACGGAUUUUUGAAAGGAGUUGAACAGACAUGACAAUCUUAACAUGCAUGGUUGGUUCCAGAAACUCUUGAAAUCAAGUGCAUCUUCAUCAUCACAACAUGAACAAAAACCUAAAGUGACAAGUGUACCGACAUCACCUUCAUUUACAUCAUCUUCUUCAUCAUCUUCAUCACCAAAGACAGGCCCUUCCAGACCACAAAAGCCACCGUCAGCUUUGAGCUCACAGCUGAGAUGGAGACGGAAAUAUGACUUGCUUGUGUGCCACAGCCAUGCCGACAGCGACAUUGAAGAGGCUAAACGCCUGGUCUCUUUCCUGGAGGCUUCACCCCGCUGCCUGAGGUGCUUUCUGUGGCAGAGGGACGUCGCUGUAGGAGGGGCAGUGUUCACAGAAUUUUGCCAGGCUGUGCAGGAGAGCCACCUGCAGGCUCUGCUUAUCACUCCUAACUUCCUGCAGGAAGAUUGGUGCAAGUAUAUGAUGCACCAGGCUCUGGCGGAGGGGCCUAUGUCCAAUCGGCUGAUUCCCCUGAUACAGAACCUUCCCCACUCUCAGUACCCCCAGGAACUGAAGUUCUACAUCUACAUUAACCUGAGCACGAACACUGACAGAGGUUAUAGUCUCAUCAACAGGACUGUGCUCAAGUCAAAAGCAGGCCAUAUGGAGGAGAAUCCAGUGGUAAAUAUUAUCAUCUUGUUUUAUUCCCCAGACCUGGAAGACCUGGUUAAAAAUGAGAAGGCCCAUGACUGCAGUGUGGACAGCUCUAGCAAGGGUGGAGAGGGCAGCUCACGAGAAGACGAGCUGGUCCCAAACAAUGACUCCAAUUCCGCUGGAAGUGAUGCACAAGAAAGAUGAACACGUUAAUGACAUUUGCUGUGAUAAUACUCAACCGAAAUGAAAGAACAUAAUGAAGGACAAGAAGCUCAGAGUGGAAAAAACAUUGUCGCUAUUGGAUGGACUCAACUUUUUAGUCAUGUUUUUGUCACAUCGUGUUGUGCUUAAAAGGAAAGUUACACUACAGUGUCAUUGCUUAGACUUUUCCUCUUUUUCUCUUCUGGUUUAAGGAUGUUCAUGCAGUAACCCGGAAAUAUUUUAUUCCAAGCAACACAGGGUUUAUUUCCAGUAUCAGAUCUAGAGAAGUACAGUGUGUGCUGAAGUAGUUUGCAAUUGCAAACUGCUGUUAAUCAGCACAUAUUGUGGGAAUUUAUGGUUAUGGUCUUGUAGCUUGUAAACAGUAUUGAAGCCUAUAAUUUAAAUUUAGAAUAAAGGGAACUAAUGCACCAUAAUCCUCUUUUUAAAAGAAUGAAAAAAUAACAGUGAGCUGUAAUAGAAAAAAAAUAUUUUGAUACAGAUAGUGUUUCCCACUAGGUGGUGUAUUUUCCUGUACAAUCCAUUUGAGAGUGCCAGAGAGGAGAUGCCUGUCAUGGAGGUAUCACCUCAUUAACUCUACUUCUCUUGCCUCUUUGUCUGUGUGUGUGAGAGACCGAAAGAGAGCGAGAUAGUGAGACUAAAGGGAAAUACCCACCCAUAACAAACUGGUGAUUGUGACGUGACCUGAACUGAGCUGGACUGUAAGUAACAAUGGAGUGAAUCUAACAAGACAAGACACAACUUUGUGUCUUUCUUAAACAUAGAGGGAUAUCAGAGUGAUGGCUCUGGUCUGCUGUUAUUAAUAUUUCUGUCUGAGUUGUCUAAGCUCAACUAGUUGGAACAAAGUCUGAACAUGUUGAAGAAUUGGAAGGAACAGCCUUUCUCCUCCAUCCAAAGAAUCCAAAGAAUAAACUUUCAGUUUUCUGGUUUUCUGUAAGGUAUGAUUUAAUGUCCUUGGCAGUGCUUUAGCCUGUUAAUCAAGCAUGCUGCCAGUGCUUCAUUUCUGUCAGUUGACAUUUGGACCACUCAAUGUAGAAUAUCAGGUAUUCAUUGAGUCAACUGGAGCAUAACAUUUGUGAUACUAUAGUCUUAUUUUUUUUUUUUUUUUUUGACACAAGCAAGGUUUUUUUUCCUUUUUACGUGAGGCACCAUCUGCCUCCAAGAAGUGCUGCAUGUUCUCUCUUUCUGACUUUUAUUAAUGCUGUAUCAUCCUCCCAUUUUCCCCAUCCCCCUAAACAACAGCAGACAUUUAGGACCACAAUAAAAGACCCUUGAUAAUCGCCUCUUUUGUGGCAAGCCAACAUUGUAACAGAAAAAUUCAGACUAAUCUCUGAGAGGCACAGAUGUUCUACGAGGCUUUAUUUUUACCAUAACAAAUCCUCCUCUGACACACACAGAGUGGGAUAUCUAAACGCUUACUGACUUCAUGGAAAAGCAGUUGUUGAUAAGUGUAUCAACAUUAAUAUACAGAGUAGCUAUAAUUCAUUCUCAGGUGAGAAGGUCACAAUCGGUAGUUAUUGAAAUGUUUACAGUUGGACAAAACAG